AUGGGAAAUUUUAGCUUGGUAUAAAUAAUAUUAAAAUUGACGGAGCGUUUUGUUUUUGAAUAUUUUGAAAUAUCUUCUUUUUUUGAAUAGUUUUUAUAGUAUUAUAGUCUCAAAAAUAUAUAUAUUUAGAAAAUAAUUCUUUGAGACAGGAAUAAAAUCGAGGAUGAUGAAUUAAAAUAUCUUAAUAAUGCUUUUUAUAAAUCCUUUGUUUGUAAAGAGAUUUUAGGAUAGGCUUAUUGUGAUUUAUUAAGAGAGCGAAAACAAAUUACGAAAAGUAAUUAAUAUAUUCUUAGAGAGAAAUGAAAAUAGUUAAAUAAAUAAUAAUAAAAGAAUUUUGAUUUUGAAUGUAAAUUUGCAGAUUAUAAGGUUUUGA